AUGGCCCAGGCAGCAGUCGAGGACCUCGACGGUGGAGACGAGGACCUCUGGGAGGCGCCGGAGGCCGUCGUGCCCGCGCCCGUGGAGGACGGGCCCGUGCCGAUCGUCCCGCUGGAGGUGGCCCAGGGCAAAUGCUACUGCAGCACGGGCUACACAGCGGGCGGCCUCGAGCAGUGCCGGUUCGCGUGGCGGGCGCUGCGUGUCUCCAGCGCAGAGCCGCCGCUGCGCUUCGUGAAGGCCGAGUUCCUCUUCAGCGACGACGGCUACUGGGACUGGCGGGCCAGCCACCCUGGGCAGCCGAGCGCGGUGACAGAGCGCCCGCUCAUCCACGUGUGCUCGGAGAACCCGUGCUCAGUCGUGGAGGGGCCGGGGACGUGCACCGAGCUGAUCCACGUGGCGGACGGGGCGGAGCUCGGCCUCACGGACCUGCGGGCGCUGUUCGUCGAGUGCCAGGAGGCGAACCCAGAGGCGGCUUGGCCAGCAGCACGCCUCGGGCCGCUGGUCGCCGCCGCCGCCCCCGCGAGGCCCGCUGCGGUGGCCAAGGCGGCGGGUCGCCCACCAGCCGCAGCAGGUCCUCCCAGGGCCCCGCCUGGCGCUGCCCCCUUCGACGACUUCCUGAGCGUAGGAGGCUCGUCGCGCGGCCCUGGCUCAGAGCUGGCCGCAGACGAGGAGGCAGCUGCCGCGGGCGGCCUGGGAGGCAAGCUCGCAGGGGCUCGUGUGCGCUUCGAGGAGGGGAAGCGGGCUGCUGGAGACGUCAACCUGGACGGCUUCCCCCUCGGCGCAGAGGCGGCUGGCGAGGGGCCCGUGAAGAAGCGGUCGCUCGGGGACCUGCUGGUCGAGCGCGCCGCGAAGCUCAAGAUGGCCGCCUCGGACGCGGCCCCCCGAGGGCGCAUCGGCGGGGACGGCCUCGGCUCCUCGGACCCCGCGGCGGUGCCGCGCGACCUGGCCACGAAGAGGGCCUUCUGUCGUCGGAUGGCCGCCGCCUCCCCGGGCCGCCUCACGGAGCUGAGCCUGCAGCAGAUGGCGGACUUCCUGGGCUCGCAGGAGGGGGGGGCGGCCGUCGACGCGACGGGCCCGAUCGCGCUGCGGUACCUCCUCACGAUCUACCUGCCGCAGCAUCCGGUGAAGGAGAUCGGCGUGCAGACGUACCGCGAGCUCCGCACCCUCGCGGAGGCGGUGGACCUGCUGAUGCAGGGGAAGGCGGCCCACGCCUGCGACCUGAUCGUCCAGCGCCUGAAGGCGCUGCAGGUGGCAACGACGGACGGCUCGUGGGCGGCGGCGAAGUGGUUGGAGCUGAUCCCGCCGCGCGACGAGCCCACGGCCAUCCGCAGCGAGGAGGGGGAGCUCAUCCGCAGCAUCCAGCUCGGGGAGAUGAAGCUGGACGAGCUCUCCGCGCGGCUGGCCUCCGCCAAGACGAAGGCUUCCGCGGCGGCUCCACCAGCCCCCCUGGCGGCGGCCGCGGGCGGGCCUCCCUCGCGGGCCGAGGGGUCAGCAGCCCCACCGCCGUGGAAGAUGUCCUUCGCGGAGAUGCGGAAGAAGUUCCCGAAGCAGCCGGGGGGGACGAACACCCAGCACCGCCUGCGAGCCUUCAAAGCUCGUGCGGCGGGCGUCGCGGGGCCCCCGCUGGCCACCGCGCUGCAGUGCUGGUCCGACGAGCUCUCCUUCGGCUUCGGCAAGAGCAUCGUCGCGGUCGACCUGGCGGCGCGGCUGGUGGCAGCAGUGCGACGCCACCCAGGCAGCCUUGGCCACUUCGCUCGGUCGUUCAGCAUGCGUGCGGACACAUUUUGUGGGAGCGGAGGGUCGUCGAACAGGAGGGUUCGGGACGCCCUGCAGCUUCCCCUUCCGUCGACCGAGGAGGUGGACCGCUGGCUGGCCCACAGUUCCUUGCCCAAGGCACGCAGGUGCCGCCGCCGCGCCGUGGCGCGGGAGGUCAGCGAGCAGGCGUGGCUGUACCUCAGCGUGGUGGCGCUCAACUACGCGUUCUGCGGUCGCGCGCAGGAAGGCUGGCGCCACAGGCCGACCCUGUCGAAGGCGCAGACGCAGGUCUACGUGCACUUGAAGAGCCGAGCGGCGGCCCUGGCGGAGGACCCGCUGGCCAUGGUCGUGGUCCCUGCGAUCGACGAGCUGGCGGGCGGCUGCGGGUCAGCGUACGAGGGCGAGACGGGCGUGAAGGCCCUCCCCUGCCGGCUCUGCGAGCUGGCCCCUGGCCUGCCCGCGCGGGAGUGCGCUGCCACGCUCGACGCGAUCGACUUCGUUGACGACGAGGUCGGCGCCUGGCUGCGCCGCCCCGAGCUGGCGCUCCUCGACCAGUCCGACUGGCCCGACCCGCUGCCGCGGGCCCGCGUGAACGUGGAGACGGAGGCGGACUGGGAGGAGCUGGCGCUGCACCUCGUGUCGCUCGGCAUCUUCACCACGCUCGCGGAGAGCGAGCUGGUCCGCGUGAGGGGCGACCCCGUGCUGAACGGCCUGUUCGCGGUGGAGAAGAAGGGCGCUCCAGCGCCUGGCGCCGCGCGGGUCACCAGGCUCAUCCUCAACAUGGUGCCAGGCAACUCGCUCCUGAAGGCCCACGUGGGCGAGGCGGCGCUGCUCGCGGCCUCGACGUCCUGGACGUCGGUCGUGAUCCCCGAGGGGAAGCUGCUGCUGUGGUCGGGCGACGACCAGAAGGGGGCCUUCUUCGUGUGGCGGCUGUUUGGCCGCUCGGAGCCCGUCGUCUACGUGACCUCGGCUGUCAUCGCCAUGGGCUGGUCGCUCGCGGUGCCCGUCUUCCAGCACAUCCACCGACGGCUGUGCCGCCUGGCGCCGCCCCUCGGGGCGGGGCUUCCCCCAGACGGGGAGUGGCGCAAAGAUUGCGCGCGGCCCCUGGUCGAGGCAGGCAGCGGCCAGGACGCUGGCUGGUGGCAGGUCUACAUCGACGACUUCGAUGCGCCGGAGAUCGUCGAGGAGGUUUUGGCCCGCAAGCUCGUGGGGACCCCGAGCGACCUCCAGCUGCAGGUCCGCGCCAGCUACGAGAGGGCGAGCGUCUCCUUCUCGGCCGAGAAGGCGCACUGCAGGCAGCUGAGGGUCGAGCGCAUGGGCGCGGACGUCGACGGCGUCAGCGGGCGCCUCGCGGUCCCCGCCUCCAAGGCGCUGGCCACUGCGGGCCUCUGCUUGGCCGCGGUGCAGCGGCGCCUGGUCCCGUGGCGCGUUGCCAUGGCGGCCCUCGGCAAGCUCGUGAGGGCCUUCGAGUUCAGGCGGCCGCUCUUCGGGGUCCUGAACUCCGUCUGGACGCUGGCUGCGUCAUCAGCGCAGGGGGCUUACCUGGACGCGGAGAUGGUGGAGGAGCUCCUCAUGGGCGUGAUGGUCCUGCCGCUGGCCGCCUCCUCGCUGCGGGCGCGCAUCGACGGCGUGGUCACGUCCUCGGACGCGUCGGAGAUGGGCGGCGGCGUGUGCACGUCAGCCGGCCUGCGCGAGGAUGUCGCCGCCGCCUUGCAGGUGCCGAGGACGGUCCCCGACCAGCUGGGGAUAGGGGCCAGGCUCCUCAACGUGCCCGAGGACCCCGCCCGACCGUGGGCGGCAGCCAACCCGCGCGUCCCCGCCAGGGCAGUCCGCAGGGUGUUGUCGGUGCUGCUCAUCGGCCUGUUCGACGGCAUCGGAGGCCUCGCCGUCGCCUUCUCGAGGCUGCCCGUCCGCAUCGCGGCCUACGUCGCGGCCGAGACGGACGCCAAGGCGAGGCGCGUUGCCAGGCUCCGCUGGCCAGGUGUCAUCGACUGGGACGACGUCACCCGCGUGGGCAGCGAGACGGUGCGGGACCUGUUCGAGGCGUUCGGCGGCCUCGUCGACCUGGUGGUGGUCGCUGCGGGCAGCCCCUGCCAGGACCUGUCACGCCUCAACGUCGGCGGGCGCGGCCUCAGCGGCAGGAAGUCCUCGCUGUUCCACGAGGUGCCGCGUAUCCUGGCUCUCCUCGCCGCCGUCUUCAGGGACAGGCUCGUUUGGUUCGUGGAGAACGUGGCCAGCAUGUCCGACGUCAACGUGGAGCUGAUCUCGGAGGCGCUGCAGGUGAGGCCGACGCUGGUGUGCUCGUCGGUGUUCGUGCCGUGCCGCAGGCCGCGCCUGUUCUGGACGAGCUGGGGCGUCGCCGCAUCGGCGCCUCUUCGGCUGACCGACCGCGGGGUCUACGACGAGCUGGUGGGCCCUGGCGUCCCGCUCAUGGACCUCGCGUGGGAGGACGAGGGCUGCUCUUGGCCAGGGAGACCGAGGUGCUUCCCCACGCUCGUCUGCUGCAGGCCUCAGCCCUCCUUUCCCUCAGCCCCGCGUGGCUUCGCGACUGCAUCGGAGGCGGCCCGUCAAAGGUGGGCUGCGGACGGGCACAGGUAUCAUGUGGCCUUGUACGAGGACAAAAACAUGAUCUGCACCUCCUCGUUCCCUUUCCUGCGCCUCCCCACCAGCGAGGAGAGGGGGCGGCUCCUUGGCUUCGAUGUGGGGUACACCUCCCUAGCCACCAAGGGCUCGAACCCUCAGGACGCCUCCGACGCCAGGGCCUUCCUUCUCGGCAACAGCUUCAGCAUUCACGUCGUGGCAUGGUUGUGCCAGCAGCUCCUGCACCGCCGCGGCGCGCUGAACAGGGAGCUGUCGAUAGAAGAGGUGUCCCCCGUCCGCGAGUGCCGGGCGACGUGGGACCAGGCGGGGGCCUUCGUCACGGAGCCAGGGGAGCCGGACACCGCGGAGGCGAGGCAGCUGGUCCUGCACUACCUCAGCCGCGCGGAGAAGGGCGGGUCGGACGUCAGGCUGGACUACGGCGUCCCCUACCGCCGGCGAGGUUGGCCGAGGACGAGCCUGGACCCGUUCGUGUGGAAGUGGCGCGUGGUGGUCAGCAUGGCGUGGCCGGGCCGGAGCUCCACCCGCAUAAACGUGAGUGAGUUGCAGGCGGCCGCGUCGGCGAUCAGGUGGCGCGCCCGCAAGGUCGCGCAGCGCGGGAGCAGGUUCUUGCACCUCGUCGACAGCCAGGUGGUCGCGGCCAUCGUGACGAAGGGCCGCAGCAGCAGCAGGAAGCUCCAGCCCAUCCUGAAGCGCUGGAUGGCCGUCGUCGUGGCGGCCGACAUGUACCCACUGAUCGGCUGCGUGGUCUCGGAGGACAGCCCUGCGGACGAGCCGGUGUCGGCGGAGACGCGGCGGCGCUACGGGCGGGCCCUGCGGGCCCUGCUGGCCCACUUCGGAACCGAGCAGGCGGGGGCGGACGCCUUGCGCGGCGACCCCGGGGACGCCGACGCCCUCGUCGCGGAGUACCUCGAGGGCCUGUGGGCCUCUGGUGCGGGCAUCGCGGCCGCUAACAACACGCUGGCAGGGGUGUGCUUCGCGGCGCCUCGUCUGAGGCGACACCUUGACCUGAGCUGGGCUCUCCUCAAGGCAUGGAGGCAUCAUGAGCCAGCGUCCAGGGUGCUGCCGCUCACGACCGAGGCCGUCGCGGCCAUGGCGGGGUUCGCGUGCGCUGCAGGCGCUUUCGACGUGGCCGCCCUCCUUCUCGUCGGCUUCGAGGGCAUGCUCCGAGGCGCGGAGGUGUUUGCCCUGACAGUGGGCGACAUCGUCGACCGCGGCGAGCUGUUCGUGGUCCGGAUCAGCUCGUCCAAGACCACGGCUGGCAAGGACUGCGCGGAGGCAGAUGGCCGUGUCGUCCCGCUCCUGCAGCUGGCUCGCGCCCAACAGUGCUUGCCGAACAUCGGGCGUUUGUCUUCGCUGCGGCGAAGGCCUGUGGCCUGGCGCGGGUAG